UUGUCAAAAUUUAUAAAAUCAUCUCAUUCACCGCCUCAAUAGAAAGAUUACUUACGGAAUAGUGCUAGUGAUCACAAAUACAGUUUUAAAUCGCAAAUCAAGAUGACGAUAAAAAAUAAAACAGAGGAAACUAAGAAGGAAAAAGCAGAUCCGGCACCUACAGCAAAUGAUGAUUUGUCCGAAGAAGAUAAACGACUCCAAGAAGAGCUUAACAUGCUGGUUGAGAAACUUGUGGGCACUGAAGUCGAUCUCUAUUUACCAGCAUUGCAAAUGUUAAGCAACCUAAUCAGAACAUCUACAACGUCUAUGACCUCUGUGCCUAAGCCAUUGAAGUUUUUAAGAGAACACUAUCCAGCUCUUAAAGUAGUGUAUGAAAAAAUCGUAGAUGAAAAGACAAAGAAAUAUUGUGCUGAUGUGGUUUCAGUCCUUGCAAUGGGUGUCAGUGGUUCUCAAGAUGCUGCUGAAAAACGUGAAUGCCUUAAAUAUUGCAUGCUAGGAACUAUGUCAAAUGUAGGUGAAUGGGGUCAUGAAUAUGUUAGACAACUUGAAGGGGAAAUUGCUGAAGAAUGGAACAUAGAGAAUAUGAACACAUUAAUGCCUCUUGUCCGUGAUGUGGUGGCCUUUGAUAUGCAACAUUCUGCUGAGAUACAAGCUUGUGAUUUGCUUAUGGAGAUUGAUCGUUUAGAUCUUCUUUCUCAACACAUGGACCAGAGUAACUAUCCUCGUGUGUGUCAUUAUUUAAUUGGCUGUGCUAGUUAUGUUGUGGAGCCGGAGUCUACACAGAUUUUGCAGGGUGUCUUAGACACAUAUUUACGUUUUGGAGAGUAUCCUCGUGCCUUACUUGUAGCAAUGCAGUUGCAUGACAAGGCAAAAUGUGAAGAAGUAUUCAACGCCUGCACCGACCCAUUGAUUAAAAAACAGCUAUGUUAUAUGCUGGCACGGCAGUAUGUGCCAUUGGAAUUGGAAGAUGAAGAUCUCCGGACAAUACUAUUGAAUGCUCACAUUAAUGACCAUUUUCUAAGCUUAGCUAGAGAACUUGACAUUAUGGAGCCCAAAACACCUGAAGAAGUAUACAAAACUUGGUUGGAAUCUGCAGGAUCGGCACUUCGCCCGUCAUUGCUAGCUGACCAUCCAGUUGAUUCUGCUCGACAGAAUUUAUCAGCAACUUUUGUCAAUGCAUUUGUCAAUGCUGGUUUUGGUAGGGAUAAACUUGUUACUACUGAAGACGGAAACAAGUGGAUGUAUAAGAAUAAAGAUCAUGGUAUGCUUUCGGCGGCGGCCUCGCUUGGUAUGAUCCAUCUAUGGGACGUGGACGGCGGACUUACACCUAUUGACAAGUAUUUGUACACAACAGAGGAGCAUAUCAAGGCGGGUGCGCUUUUGGCUCUCGGGCUUGUCAACUGUGGUGUGCGUAAUGAGUGCGACCCUGCGCUCGCGCUGUUGUCCGACUACGUCCUACACUCUAGUGCUAACUUAAGGAUUGGAAGUGUUUUAGGUCUGGGCAUAGCGUACGCGGGCACGCAGCGCGAGGACGUGCUGACGCACCUGCUGCCCGUGCUGGCCGACAUGGCGGCGCCGCCAGAGAUCUGUGCGCUGGCUGCGCUCUCCUGUGGUCUCAUCGCCGUGGGCUCUUGUAACGGAGAUGUAACAUGUGCUAUUAUACAGCGUCUUAUCGACGAUAACAAAGAUCUGCAUUCGUCGACUUACGUUAGAUUCCUUCACUUAGGCCUCGGAUUGUGUUUCCUUGGUUGCAAGGAGCGCACUGAGGCGACGAUGGCAGCGCUGGAGGUGCUACCCGAGCCGCAACAGUCGCUGUGCCAGACCACUCUCUCCAUGUGCGCCUACGCGGCCACCGGAGAUGUUCUCGUCGUCCAACAGAUGCUGCACAUCUGUUCCAAGCAUUACGACACCGAUAAUGAACAAUCUUCGACUGAAGAUACUGCAUUUAAGAAACAAGACAAAAAAGAAUCCAAAGAAAGUGGGAGCACAGCGAGCGGAUCUAAAGACGACAAAAGCAAAAGCAAAUCUAAGGACAGCAAGGGCAAGGAUAAGGAAAAGGACAAGGAAAAGGAGGCCAAUAAGGAACUAUCGUCGGUGCAAGCUGUCGCCACGCUAGGAGUGGCCGUCAUCGCGCUCGGGGAGGAGACCGGCGCCGAGAUGUGCACGCGCAUCUUCGGCCAGCUGGGUCGAUACGGCGAGCCUGCAGUGCGACGCGCGGUGCCACUUGCCAUCGCUUUGUGCUCCAUUUCCAACCCGCAGCUGUCGGUCAUUGACGUGCUCAACAAGUACUCGCACGAUUCUGACAACGACGUCGCAUACAAUGCCAUCUUUGCCAUGGGUCUAGUUGGUGCCGGAACUAAUAACGCUAGAUUAGCGACGAUGCUGCGCGCACUGGCGCUGUACCACGGCAAGUCUCCGGUGCACCUGUUCAUGGUGCGGCUAGCCCAAGGGCUCUGCCACGCCGGCAAGGGCACGAUCACGCUGAGCCCUGCGCACGCUGACCGCCGCCUCAUCAACCAGCCCGCCCUCGCCGGCCUGCUUGUUGUGCUCACAGCUUUCCUUGACUGCAAGAACAUUAUUCUCGGAAAAUCUCACUACCUGUUAUACGUCUUGGCAACGGCUAUGCAACCACGUUGGCUUGUGACUCUCGAUGAUAACCUCCAGCCCCUUAAUGUUAGCGUGCGAGUUGGACAGGCUGUGGAUGUUAUUGGUAAAGCAGGAACUCCUAAGACUAUUGCUGGUUCACAUACACACACUACACCGGUGUUGUUGUCAUUUGGUGAAAGAGCAGAACUAGCAACUGAUGAGUACAUUCCGCUCUCCCCUGUCAUGGAAGGUUUUGUCAUACUGAAGAAGAAUGAGGACAGUGUCAUGGCAUCAGUUCAGUAAAUGAAACUAUUAUAAUUAACUAUAGUAUUAAUUUUGUGAUGAAGUAAUUCAUUUUAUAAUAAUAAUAUG